AAAUGCCCGCGAAAAAGAAAAAGCAAGUUUCCAACCAAACAGCCCACAAAUCAAGUAAUGGGUCUAGUUACCUCGUAAAAUCAACGGGGCGAAACAAGUUUAAAUCCAAACACAAAGAAGCUAGCGGGAAAAUUGAUUCGUCGACCUCUGUCCUUGAACCGUUUAGGAAGUAUGGAUAUGGUUAUGCUUCUUUGGUGCUAAUCCUAGGUCUGCAGUUUAUUCUUUUCUUUGUACGAUAGAAUAUCUAUUUCUUGACAUAUUUCACAAAUCUAGCGUUGACUUUUUAACUUCUUUAAGAAUAUGUGCGCUUAAUUCGUACUUUUACAUUUAAAAUUAACCUUCUCGUUAUUUGUUCUCCAACAGCUGCAAGUUUUGGGAUCUUUCAAAGGUAAACUUAUUUCUGCGAAAUGAUUUAUACAGUAUUUCAUGUUAAGUGUUGGUAAAUUUAGAAUAACAAAAUGUAAUGUAUCAAAAUACAUAAGGACCUCGUACGGUACAUUGAUCAUAUCAGAUUAAAGUCAAUAUUGACUUCAAUAUCGAUACUGUAGCAAAAAUCACUUUGUUUUUUUUUUCCUGAAGCUACCACGUGUCAAGAAUGUUUGAGAACGAGCGCUUUUUCUCGCAUUUGUCUGCUCUAGAGAGGGAAUUGUCUUUUAGAACUGAAAUGGUGAGUUUUUCUGAUGUUCAUUUUAUUUGAACUACUACGUAUUCUUUAUGUUCUGUGUUUUUUUUUUUCAAUUAAUCUAGUGUGUUUUAUAACAUUCACGUGUAAUGCGUGGUUCAUUACCACCCCCUCGGGAAAACCCCCUAGGGAUUUGCAAUUGUCUUAGGUUUUUUUUAAAUUUUCCCAACCCCCUUAACCCCAGGGACAUGCCUGCCUCAAACAAUUCCCUACCUCAUGUGCUAAAGGGCUGGACUUCUCCAGCCGUUGCCACGGGGGACAAUUCAUCCCCUCAUUAUUAUAAGAAAUCUCAGUAUAAGAAACAGACCCAAAAAUGGCUUGUAGCCCCUUUAACUAAGUAGAUCUAUAAUAUGGUGGUACAUGUAUGGUGUGUGGCAGACUGGUGAAUAUUACUGUUUUUCUUUUUUACUUCAUAACAGGGUCUCUACUACUCUUACUAUAAAACUGUUGUGGAAGCACCAACAUUUGCUGAGGGAGUUCAUGCCAUAAUGAACUGUAAUAUCACAGAAUAUCCAGACACCAUUAACACUCUAAAAAGAUUUAAUUUAUAUCCUGAGGUAAGUAGUUGUUUUUAUUGAUAAAAGACCCUUCCAGGAUUUUUUUCAACUUCUACUGGAAGAUUGGCAAAAAUCAAUUGGCAAAAAAAAUCUGUUAUUAAACACGUUUGGAAAGACUUGAAAACUUCGUCAGGGCUCAAUUUCUCACGUUGAAUAAACGUUGUUUUUUGAAAGUGAUUUCCAAAAAUGUUAACUCAGACCCAUGUAAAAAAAAAAUGAAUAAAUGAAAUAGAUAGCUCUGCAAAGUCAGAUAACCGCCUUGGCAGACUUUGGACAUCUUCGAGAGUUUAUGAUCGUGUCGUCUUCAAAAAUCCCAGCACUCCCAGGAUAAAAAUCUCACACUUAUAUCUCAGAAAAAGUUGGCAGGUAUAAAGUUACCAAGUUUGAAGGUGAUUUGUUGAAAACUAACAAUUAGAUAGCUCUGCUAAGUCAUGGAGUUUAUUGAUGUUUGUUUGGUGGGGGGCAAGUUUUGUAAAUUAGCUAAUUUAAGUUUUAAGGCGCUGUUCCAGCAGUGUCAGUGGAUAUUGGCUUACUGGCCUUUAUCAAAACCUUGAAAAAUCCCAUGGAAAGGUCUGUUAAAGGGGUGUGUGCCCUAAUAAUAAUAAUAAUAAUAAUAAUAAUAAUAAUAAUAAUAAUAAUAAUACUUUAUUAAACUCUUCUCAAAUUGAAAAUUAAGUACAAAUUUAGUAUAACUAUAGUUAAAAAAGACAAUGAAAAAUUCUGGUGGUUUACAAAUUAAGAAAAGUAAAAAAAACUGUCUAAAAACUAAAAAAAAAGAAAAUUUCUAUGUUCAUGCAAUGAAAAAUAUAUGUAAAAAGCAAUGUUUAAAAGGAAAAAUUUACAGAUUUUGAAAAUAUGAAAACUAUUAAAAAAGUAUAUACCCUAUGUUCAAAGACAGGGUGCCAUAAUAAUAAUAAUGAUAAUAAUAAUAAUAAUGGAUUGAUAGGUAACGAGUAAGUCUCAGUUCCUGAAAGGCCAAUAAGCUCAAAUCAAGGAUUAACAUUUUAAUCAAAGAUUUUAUAAAUCUUCUCUUCUGAUAGAUUGUUUAGAGUAUCACUUUGUGUUAUCAUAGCUAGAUCUUAGAGUAAAGGCUCAACAAAAUUUUAUAAAGCUUGAGAUACAUUCCUAGAUCAAUAUUUUCUGCACCCGCCAGAAGGUUUGCAUAUAGCUAUUAUUACCGUACAUUUUACCAGCAAGAAAUGAUAUUGUUCUCUGGCAGGUUGUUCUUGGAUUUGCUUUCCGCGUGUAUGAUUGGGUAACAAGAAGCAUGAACAUUCACACUAAGACUUGCUAUACAGUUAACAGAGGCUAUGACUUACCUCCUGUACAAAGCUGUGAGGGUAAGAGCUAACUCACCUUUUGCUACUAGUGGUAACCAAAAAAAAAUUACCAAAACAUUCAAAUUUCUCUUUUGUAAAAUUCUACAAAAUAAAUGGCACAAUGCCAAAGAGGUUUCAUUUGAAUUAUAGUAAUACCAUAGGAUUUCAUCAACAGACUCAAAAGUUAGAACAACAUACUAAAUAAAUAAAGCAGUGUAAAAGUACUAAUAAAGAGCUUUUAUUUGAAACACCAUAGGAUUUCAUCCACAGACUCUAAAGUUAGAACUACAUACUAAAUAAAAUAGUACCAUGUGAAAGUGCGCUGAAGAGGUUUCAUUUGAAUGGUAACAACAUAGGAUUUCGUCCACAGACUCAAAAGUUAAAACUACAUACUACAUAAAUAUUACCAUGGAAAAUACUGCUAAAGAGGUUUCAUGUGAAUGGUAACACUAUGGGAUUUUGCCAAGACAUUUAAAUGGUAGAGUGACAUUAUUAUAACCUGGUCAAGGAGUAAAAGAGGUAUUAAACCUUGACAUAAUUUUAAUAGAAGUGAACAGUCCUCUACCACAGGCGAUUGGCACCGAGGGUAAUUAUUACUAUUAAUUUCACAUACAAGUUGUUAAAGGGUAACAGCUUCAAAUGGGUUCAUAAAUGGACACUUUUUUUCUGGGGAGAAGUGAGGACUCCAUUUAGUAGCAGUAUUAAAAAAAAUUCCCGGCGAGUGAUUACAUAGAAGCAGCAUUAUUGAUACAAAUAUUGAAAAUUAUGAAAUUUUUAGCAAAGUCUUGCUUGUCAGUGCAAAGCGUCACUGACAGUAAAAGUGUUAUUAUUUUAUGUGCAUGUAUUUACUAUAUUUGCUUAUUUCCUUUAUUUUUUAUUAAUUCAAAUUUGGUUUAUGGGUGUUCAAGUAUUAACUCCCUUUUUGUUUACGGUUAAUUCAUAAAAAUCAACAUUAUGCUUAUAUUUCAUUUUUCACUUUGGAAAAUAUGGUUUACUUUUUCAGGUAUGGGGGAGCUAUCAUUUUUCUAUGUUUAUGCCAUCUUUUAUCUUAGUGGAUUCAUGAUGUCCAUGUUCUUUUUACUUUGCUUUUAUCUGAGGUGAGAAUUAUUUAAGGUUCCCAGCAACAGUGUCCAGCUUUCCUCAGCACUCUUAUCUUCUUCCUCUCUCCCCAUCCCUUAUCUCCUUCUCUUUGUUUGUGACAUCGUCUCUUCGUUCCCUACUCCAUCCCUUUGUUCCUUUAAUUCCAUCUCAUCUUCGUUCUGUGCUUCUACACCUGUUGUAUCUUGCUUCUUUUCUUCCAAUCCCUAAUCUUAUUUUUUUUUCCAUUUUAACUGAAACUUGCAGACAGGACUAAUGUUUUGUCAUUGUAACUUAUUUCAGUGGCAGUAUUCUUGGUGGACUUAUAGGUACUCUUUCUUACUUCUACAAUCAUGGUGAGGUGAGAUACCUUCUAAUAAUUUUAAGUAAAAGGAAAUAAUCAGACCAAGCCAAAAGAUGGUUGUUUCAUUGUUCAAGAAGGCAUAUUAAUGAUGACCCUUCUAGUACAUGUAAUUAAAGGUAGAUUCUCUCAGCGGGUUUUAUUUUAAGCCAUUGCAAGAACUCAUCAUUUUAAUUUGUGAGUUUAUGACCUUCUCUUUAACAAGCUUUGCUAAAAUUUACCUGACUGUGUUCUUUUCUAUGCACAGAGCACAAGAGUUAUGUGGACUCCUCCACUGCGGGAAAGCUUUUCAUAUCCAUUUCUCGUCUUUCAACUUCUGGCUGUUACUCUAACAAUCAAGUAAUUCUCUAGAUAAUACUACAAGUUGACAGUUAUUGGUAGAAUAAUGAAAUUUUUGUUUUAAUAUCUGCAUGACUAAUUAAUGUUCAAUAAGAUCUCUUCUUCACAUGAGCACAAGCACCUAAAGGGAAAAAUUUUCCUUUUUUUAAUAUGCUUUGUUAAAGCACCAAAAAAACUUUAAAAAAUGAUAUUACUCUUACAAAAAGUAAAAAUAAAUUACCAAGUAGAGAAAGGUUGAUUUCACCAGUGCAUGGAUACUGUACUAGCAAAAGGAAAUAACAAUCCAUGAUGAUAAGAAUCAAAUCCAGUUGUUUGAGGAGAAGUAGUUUGUUAUAUUGAUCUUUUUGUGCUUGCAUCUAGGUCAUUUUCACAGUGAAAUAGUGAAAACCAGUCGAAAAUAAAUUUAUUAUACAUGCAGCUUAGGCCCUGGCCUUGUUAGCCAGCUAGCUGACUUGUGUUUGUGAUUAUUAAGUAUCUAAUUUAUUUAUUUCUAUACCAAAUUUUCGUAGGUCUUCUAGGGCAGAUUGGAGACAUCUGUUAUUAGUCGCCAUAACAACAAGUUUAUUCAUGAUUCCAUGGCAGGUGGGAAGUAGGAGCUUGUCUUUUCCAUGCUUGUUUCCUUACUUUGUUUGAUGAUCUGUAAUAUUAAUGAUUAUAUUUCUUAACUUGAUGUAUGCCUUUUUUUAUUUUUAGUUUGCCCAGUUUGCAUUGCUUACUCAGGUACCCCAGUAGCAAUUUUGUUACAUAAUAUUCCAGGAAGUACAUGUAGAUAGAAAUUAUUUGCAAUAUAUAGAGUGUUGGUUUAUUGUGAUUUUAAGAAAACAACUAUUCAGUAGAAACUGAAGUGUCUCCAAAAUGUACUUAGCUUUCUCGCAAUAGGAGUAGGCUACAAUAAAAUACCUUAAACUUCCGCGUAGUACCUGUAGGCUCGAUUUCCGCCGUCUCCCGAACAGCUGCUGGUAAUCGAGCCUAAUCUACCUGUAAACAAAAAAAUACAUCUGGUUAAAAGCCCUUCCCCCUAUAUAAACUCUUCUAACUUGUAUUGAAAUGAAUUCGAUUUUUUACGACGUUUCAAAGCAUGCAUAAGGAAUACUUUUUAUACAUUUUUAAAAAAAUUGUGAAUGUGUUAUCCAAAUAGACUUUACUUAAUACGUUUUAAUUACUUAAGGAUAGUUUUUUUUGUUGAGGUGUAGAUCAGAAGUGUGAUUUACUUUAUUUAUUAUUAUUAUUAUUAUUAUUAUCAUUAUUAUUAUCAUCAUCAUUAUUAUUGUUUUUAUUGCAGACUUGUGCUUUGUUUGGUUUAUACUUUCUUCAGUUUAUUACUUCACAAAAGCUCUGUACCAUUCUGUAUGGUCUUCUGGUACGUUUUUAAUGUCUUUUGCAUAUAGUAAUUCAGGACUUGAGUAUGUUAACCACUGGACAAUACUGGCAGUGAGAACUAUUUGUUCCUGCAAAAAAAAAAGAGGUAAUUUCAAAGAACAACUCCCCUAAACCGACUGUCAGCCAACUCAGUGUCGGUCAACGUUCGACACAUUACCGAGAUAUUACCGACAGUAACAUCUUCACGAAAAGCUGUUCAAAUUAAAAACCUAAGACACGAUUCGACAGCAUGUCUCGCACGACAAUGAAUGAAAUAGUCUAGAGCAUUGUCGUGCAACUUGUGAGUUACAACAAAGCCGGUUUACUUGGCUGGAAAAUAUGCCUUUUUCUUUGGCUGCUCCGUUGACGUAAGGAGCUCAAGUAACGACGACAUCUUCGCUGACAACGAGAACUGCAAAGAAUCAUUUUAACAAUAAUGAAUAAAACAAGUCUCACUGUCUUGGCUUCGCCUUGAACCAUCAAAAAUUUGGUGGGAAAAAAAAAGCCUUUGGCACCCAGGGAAUGUAACGGCUAGUCUGAACAACUGGUAACAACCGGUUUCGCUACGUGUCCAGUUCGCUACGCCAUAGUUCGCAACAAAUUCGCAACAUAUUACUUUCUGUAAACAACUGAAAAUAUUCCCUUAAUCGCUCUAGAAAAAAAAUCUUUCAAUAUAUUAUUUCUCGUUCUUUUGAGCGUGCCCCUCCGAGGGUGUAAGUUUUGGACUUUGCCAAUAGGCAGCGAGACGAAUAUGUAGGUAGCGAACUCGAACGUAGCUAAUUUGACAAGUAGCGAAACCGUUGUAAAGCGAACAACUUUGUUUUGAACUCUUGCGUGUGUCCUGUAAGUGGCAACGUUUGUAUCUUGUAGGUUGGACACGUAUUAAACUUUAUAAUUCAGUUCGGGAACUCCAUGCUUCUCAGGUGAGGAAUAUAUCAUUCUACAUAAAGAAUUGUCUGCAGAUCUCAAGUUCGCGAAAUUUUACGGUAGUUUUUUGCAGGGAGGCCCCGCCCAGAGGUGUAAGUCCUUACCCUAUUAUAUACCCGUCGUGACAAAAAAUGUACCCCUAGAUUAGUAGCACAAUCAUACCCAUUUAGCUUACCUUCAUAAAGUGAUAGCAUAGGAGAGAGGAGCUUGCUUAAAUGAAAUUGAAGUUAGUGAUUUCACUUAAAAAAAAUCGUUAUUUUUGUUAUUUUUCUCCUCGCUUUGCAAGUGAGGCACGUAGAUAGCUGAUGUUUUCUAAUUAAAUUUUUCUUUUCACGGACAGUUCAUUCUUCUUGUCAGCUCUCAUUACCACUUUGGUGAGUAUUUUGGUCUUGUCAGUUAUCGGUAACGUAUUUAUUUAAAAAGACUCUUGACGUUCAAAACAACCACCUUUAUUUCGAUUACAUUCUACAUUCAGCCUUAAACUUUAGGCAUCUUUUGCAAGGCUUGUUUUUGUUCAUUGUAUCUAAACUGUAAACAACAAUUGCAUCUAAAUUGGACACUGCAAAUACAGAAGGAAACCAAGGUUAUUUUCAUAACUUGAAGUGAAGUUUGUAGACAAGCAAUGGAGCAUUGGCAUCGUGUAGCAUAUACGUAGUCUGUGACAAGUGAAGUAGUUGCGACUUCAGAUAAACAUUAUUCAUUUAAAACAUUUCACCGUUUCUGGUUGGCUUAAAGCCCGUGGUUAAUUCUUCAACUGGUGCCUACCAUAUUUGGAAGAUCGAGCAAUAUACCAUCGAAUCAAUGGUAUCUUCCAAAUAUGGUAUUGAUCAGGCGCGGCCGCCAUGCUGUUUAUACACCACUGAGCUAAAAUAAGGAAUGGCGAAAAUCCUUAAAUAAGAAUGGCCGAGACCAGAUUUUAUGAACCCGCGAGACUGAGCACCCCUUGACCCAAAUCCCUGUUUUCACUAAAACCGCUGGACGCCACAACCUGCUUGAGGUCAGUGUUAUCGAAGGUCUUCAGAAAGUGGCUUUCACGGUUAUCAGAAGACGAAAUAGCUGAAUUUCUCACUAAAACUGAACGGAAAAAAAAGCAAGAAUACGCAAAACAUUUUGCUCGAUAAAUGUUGUAUACUCGUAGGAUGUUAUCCACCUCGGCCUUCACCCUCGGUGGAUAACAUCCUUCUUCCUCAAUCUGCAUAAUUCUUGACAUCCAACUCAGCCUCAUGUGAUAAUUGCUAAUUACGUGAUUUAUUUCAUUUUUUUCUCAUUUUCUUGGUAGGUUGUUGCUAAACUUGAACCUGUCAUUUACCGUCUUCCACAUCAGCUUCUUAUUUGGGUAAUGUGUCUUAUAUUUUGAAAGUUGUAUAUCCUUAAAUUUCCUGUUAAGAACCGCAUUUUAGUCUUUUAGGACCAGUAAUGACAGACAGAUCUGAGUAGUGAACAACUUUGCGUAUGCAACGACUAACCUUACUUGUCCAAUAAAGUUUUUUUUUCGUACACGAAUUGUGCAUGCCUAUUGCCAUUUGCCACUCCGGAACCUCCGGGGAGACUGGGUACCAAUUUUGCGCAGUUGUUUUUCUUAUUGGAUUAUGGUUUUUAUAAUAGCAACUUUUAACCAAUCAUCAUGCAUCUGAUUGGUUACCCAAACAUGUGAAGUUUUGCACUGAUCUAUUGAUUUGAAAGAAGAAAUCUGCUCUAUUUUUCAGGCAGCACAAGGUGUUAUGUUUCUUGCUGGGACUGUAGGAAUCAAGAUUGCUAUAGCAAAGAUUCUGGGAAUUGCAGAUGAUGUAAGUCAGGAGAAAAGAUGUUUUAACAAAUGUAUCAGAACCAGUUAUGUUUGACUUUGACAAAAAGGCUGGUUACUGGAGUGUUCGCAGUUCUUUUCCUUCCCCGUCACUUAGAUAAGGGCGGGGGAACUCCGAAAGAUUUUUUUUCGGCCCUUCGGGACUCAGUUUGGUCUAAAAAUAAGGGGGGUGGGCACCGGCCCCCCCGGGCCCCUCCCCUGGAUCCGUUACUGCUUGUUAAGGCUAUGUUCAUCCCAUACCGGAAAGCUUUUCGCGCCGACAUGAAAAACUGUCCGGUAUAGUAUGAGCAGCAACGGCACAGAACUGGAACAAGUCGUUCACACACAUCGAACAUGGUGCCGGAGCGGUUGGCCGAGAGAGUUUGGUGAACUAAAUCCCAGUCCUCUUUUCUAGAUGUUCACUUUCGUCUCAGUCGAUUCCAGUCCUCGCUCCUACUCAUUUACUUACGCUUCGGUCCGAAUACCAGUUCACAUUGCGAGACAGAGUGGGAUAAACCUUUCCGAUAUGUGACGAUCCACUUUCAAAGACCGGCGUGGCGCAGCUUCGCGCCGUUAAAGAAAUCGCGCCGAAAUCACCGUUUUGAUGCGUAAACAGAAGCCCUCGCCGGUGAGGUUUUCGUGUCGGUGUAAGAGCUGUCGGGUAUAGAGUGACUAUAGCCUCAGUUUUGCUCCAUUCUGCCACCCGUCAGUUAAACUUUCAUUUCAAUCAGUAUAGUCGCUUGUCGAGGUACGUGAGCCAUAUCGUUGGUUUCCCUGUGGUGCGUAAGACUUGUAAUGACGUGAGAACCGAAAGUAUCCAUGGUGCUUCGCGCGCGGCUCCGUUAUUAAAAGUUUUUUGAAAUGUCUUGUUUGUGACAAGUGCAAAACUGAGAAAGGAGGAAAAGGGAGAAUUAUUGGCACUUUGAACAAAACGCAGGCAGGACUUGAAAGUUACUUGACACGACAGGCCAGUACACUUUAGGUAAUGAAUUCCUUUUAUUUUGCAUCGCUGAAGUGGUUAAAUCAAACUUGUGGUCAUUUUGCAGGCCCACAUUACCAGUAUUUUGCGUUCCAAGUUUACUAACUUCAGGAAUUUUGACACUUCCUUGUAUACUUGUGCUCCUGAGUUUGACUUUGUAGAUCCAGAGGUAGGUGUAAAAAUCAUCAUCAUCAUCAUCAUCAUCAUCAUCAUCACCAAACUUUGAACUCUUAUGUCUUCUUUGAGGACUCUUUUGUAAAUCACUUAUCAGUGAAAUUGAUAUCCUCAAGAAAGAUUAUUAUUAUUAUUGUUAUUAUUAUUAUUAUUAUUAUUUCUUGCAAAAUAGACGAUGAUAUCCAUUAUUAUUUUUUUCGUUUUUGAAACUUUGAUUGAGUUUUUGAGGCUGUUCACGCCUUUAAUCUUUAAUUUGUGACUCUUUCACGUUAUUCUGCAUUUAAAAAGGUUCUGGCUGACACAAUCUUUAAAUAACGAAGUAUCAAAACUAUUUUUUGCAGACUCCUGGAAAGUUAACCAAGACCUUAGUUUUACCGGCUGCAGUUGUUUCAGUUACUGUCGUUGUUAUAAAGGUGAAGUUAUUAAACACUUAUUAAUAGACU